UCCGGCAGCACGGAACUGGAACCGUUCCCUGCCUGGCCCCCCGGUAUGGAUCCGCCAUUCAGGCACGCCAAGAGCAGAGCCUUCAUCUCCAGCGUGGAGCUGAGCGUGGGGCCGGGAGCCACGGCCGCUCCCGGGGGCACCUCCCGCUGCCAGAAGGUCCCACCGGUGUCACGGCGCCUGGAGAGCCCCGGGAGCGCUCGGGGCCGCGCCGGGAGCCCCUCCCGGGUGUCCCUCCUGCUGCAGGCCUGGGAGAGGGAGAUCGUGGAGAAGACGGGCUCCAGCCCCACCGCCCCGACCCACCGCGAGCACUCAUCCUCCGCCAGCCUCCUCAAGGACUUCACGGCGCACGGGCCCAUCUUCUCGCAGGUCUAUGCCCCGGCGCAGAGGCCCCGGCGCCAGGACGAGCGGGGAAAGGGGGGACCCGGCGGGGAUGGCUCCCCCUCCUCGGCCGGUACCCCCCGCGAGGUGCCGGUGCACCGGGAGAGUUACGUGCACGGCGCCCUCCUGCCCACCCGCCCCACCGAGCGUCCCGUGGGGGCUCCCGGGGACGGUCCCGGUGCCCCGUGCGCUGCCGGGCACAGCCCUGCCGUGCCCAGGGCCAGGCAGGUCAGGGUGCUGCGGACGGGCAGGGACGUGGCGCAGGGACGGGGGGCUCCAAAUGGGACACACGGCCCCAGGCAGGACGGCGGUGGCUUUGCUGUGCCCGCGGUGGGCAGGGAGAGCUCGGCGGGCAGCACAGAGGCCGCUGGGCUCCUGGCUGAGGGAUCCCCCGAGGAGAAGGACUCGGCACAGGCCGAGCCCACGCCGCUGAAGGCAGCUGGGGGGGCCGGUGACAGACCUGGGGACCCGCAGACCAGCCUGGCCAGCUCCUCGCAGUGUCCCUCGGCAGGCGCCGGGGGCCAGGCUGCUCUGCCUGGCACUGGUGAGGGAAGUGUGGCAGAUGUGGAUGGCACCAUUCCAGCCACGCCACCGAGGACAGAGAGCCCCCCAGGAGCUGGCAGCAUCCCUGAGAACCACCCCCCAGAGGUGAGCGAUGGUCCAGAGCCUUCACCCGAAACAGCAGCAUCAGCAAAGGCUGAGAUUGAGCCGGAGGGGGAUGAGACGAUGGGAGACCCCCAGGGCACAGCCCAAGAGGCUGAGAGCAGCCCAGAGCCCCCCAGCGAGCCCCCAGCCCCCGAGAGCCCCCCAGACGCGAGCGAGGAGGACCCCGAGCUGCUGGUGGACAUGGAGAUCUUCGUGGACACGCUGCGCAACAUGGAGCCCUCGGAGAUGCGGAAGGCGCCCAAGGCCCCGCGGCAGCCGCGGCCGUCGGCGCUGGGGCGCUGCGCGGCUCUGCCCCCCAUCCACGAGGACCGCGUGGCCCCCCGCGCCCCCCUGUCCCUGCCCCAGGCCCUGCGGGAGCUGCUGGCGCGGGGCCCGGCGGCGCGGCCUGAGGGGGCCCGUGAGGAAGAGGAGGAGAUCAAGAACCCCUACCUGAGCCCCGAGGAGCGGGCGGCCGCCAGGACCCUCCACGGGGCGCCCAGGGAAGGGUGGGCAGAGGGGGGCUCGCUCCUGGGGACACUGGGGGCAGAUGAAAGUGCCAAACCGGUGGCCGGGGGCCCGGCCGAGCGGAGCGUGCUCUUCCGAGGGAACGUCCUCAAGGGCAUGGCGCUGCUCUCCCACUUUUUGGAGCAGCGGGCGGCUGGAGCCGAUGAGGGCAAGUCCUACUCCCGCCUGGACAACAGUGUGCUCUACAGCCGCUUCGUGUCCCCCGGUGCCGCCCUGCUCGAGCUGCCCGAGGGCGAUGGGGGUUCAGAACUGCCCUGCCCCAGGGACCACAAUGGGCUGGGCCCUGGUGGCCAUUCUGGCCCCGAGAUGGCCAUGCUGGAAGCCCUGAGCUCUGGUUCUGUCCCUCCUGUCAGCGAGGAGCCAGAGAACACCCUGACCCUGAGCCUCGACCACGUCCUGAUCAUCCUCUACUCCGAUGCCGGCUUCGCGGGGCACAAACGGGAGAUUUGGGACGACAUCCCCGACGCCACGUCCUGGGAGCUGUCACACACCAUCUCCAUCCGAGUCAUCCGGGGCGGGUGGGUGAUGUACGAGAAGCCGCGGUUCCGCGGGCGCAAGUGCGUCUUGGCCGAGGGGGACGUGGAGAUCGACAACCCCUGGACGGCGUACGGUGACACCGGGGACACCGGGGACACCGGGGACAGCGGGGACACCGGGCAGCCCCGCGGGAGCCGCCCUUUCCGCAUCGGCUCCUUCAAGCGGGUGGUGCGGGAUUACCGCAGCCCCGAGAUCAGCCUGUUCGCCGGGGAGAACGGCCAGGGAGCCCGGCUCCGCUUCAGCGGCUCGGCCGAGGACACCCGCCAGCGGGGCCAGGCGCUGGCAGCCGCCUCCAUCAUCGUCCACUCGGGCCUGUGGCUGCUUUAUUCCAAGCCUUUCUUUGAUGAUGAUCCCUACGUUCUGGAGCCAGGCGGGUACCCCAAUUUAAAGGCUUGGGGAGCAAAGGAUCCGUCCAUCUGCUCCAUGCAUCCCAUCAGGCUGGGCUGCCCCGUGGUGGAGAGACCUGGUGAGCCACAGGUGCUGAUCUAUGAAGCUGCAGCUUUCCAGGGCCGCAGCUUCACCAUCAGCAGAGACAUCUAUGACCUAAAACGCCUGUCCGAGCCAGCGCUGCCCACCGUGGGCUCCCUGCGUGUCCUGGGGGGCUGCUGGGUUGGCUACGAGAAGGAAGGUUUCCGUGGCCACCAGUACCUGCUGGAGGAAGGCGAGUACCAGGACUGGAGGCAGUGGGGCGGCUACAGCGAGGAGCUGGUGUCCCUACGGCUGAUCCGGACGGACUUCUCUGACCCAGCGCUGGUGCUGUUCGAGGCCAUGGACUUCGAGGAGGGCGCGAGCGUGGAGCUGAGCGAGGCGCUCCCCGACACGCGGCUGGCCGGCUACGGCAGCGUCACGCAGUCCGUGCACGUGCUGAGCGGCGUCUGGGUGGCCUAUGAGGGCCCCAACUACUCUGGCGAGCAGUACGUCCUGGAGAAGGGCGUCUACCGCAACUGCGAGGACUGGGGGGCCACCGACUGCCGCAUCGCCUCGGCACAGCCCAUCCUGCAGGUCAGGGAACACAACCUGCACUUCGUCUCCAAGAUCCUGCUUUUCUCAGAGCCCGACUUCUUGGGGGAUCACGUCGCCUUUGAGGAGGACCAGGAGGCCCUGCCCGAAGGCUUCAUCCCACGCUCCUGCAGAGUGCGUGGGGGCAGCUGGAUCCUGCUCGACGGGCAGGACUUUGCCGGGGAGCAGCACGUGCUGUCCGAGGGCGAGUACCCCACGCUCAGUGCCAUGGGCUGCCUCUGCUCCACCGCCAUCCGCUCCUUGAAGAGAGUUCCACUGUUUUUCUCGGAGCCCUCCAUCUUCCUGCACGGGCUGGAGUGUUUUGAGGGGAAGGAGAUCGAGCUGAACUCCGAAGUGCGGAGCCUCCAGGCCGAGGGUUUCAACAACCACGUGCUGUCGGUGCGGGUCAAAGGAGGGAUCUGGGUGCUGUGCGAGCACGGCGACUUCCGAGGGCGGCAGUGGCUGCUGGACUGCACCGAGAUCACCAACUGGCUGACCUACAGCGGGCUCCAGCACGUGGGGUCCCUCUACCCCAUCCGCCAGAGACGGAUCUAUUUCCGCAUCAGGAGCAGGGAGCUGGAGCUCUUCCUCUCGGUCCCCGACGACGUGGAGGACAUGAAGGCGGGGCGGGUGGUGGUCUCCAGCCUGAGCGAGCAGAGCAGCUCUGUCUGGUACUACGAGGACGGGCUGAUCAAAAACCAGGUGGCCCCCAACAUGAGCCUGCAGGUCAUCGGGCCGGCUGGCAAGGGCGCCAAGGCCGUGCUGUGGUCCGAGACGCGGGUGCCACGUCAGACCUGGAGCGUCGAUUCCCAGGGACGGAUCCGCAGCCAGAUGUUCGAGGACAUGGUCCUCGACGUCAAGGGCGGCCGAAGCUACGACCGGGACCACGCCAUUGUUUGGGACACGGCUGAUGAGCGACCCACGCAGCUCUGGGACAUCCAGGUGCUGUGAGGGGCAGAGGUGCCAUGGGGCAGGACGGGGACGCUCUGCCAGCGCCCCCACACUGGGGCAGGAGGCCUCAGAGCCCACCCACGCUGCAUCCCGAGCACCUCUCUGCCCCAGCUGCUGGUGUGAAGGAUGGCCACCAACCCACCCAUCACGGGGGGACCACCCCACCUCCCUCCCAAGGAGGCCUGAAGGUGGUCCAUGAAGGAUCCCAUGGACACGGCCAGCGUGGGACCCUCUGGAGAGCAGCAGGGCCCCUCCCCACAAGUGUCUGUUCCCCCUGAACUGUAUUUAUGUACGUGUGUAAGAUACAGCCCUGCUUGUCUGGGCCAGCUCUG